AUGAAUCACCCAAAUCCAUCAGGCAACGGCUGUUCACUGGAGGAUUGUUACGCCAACAUAUUUGCAUUGACGGAUAUCUGUGGGAUAAAAUGGAGGAAAUUGACAGCCAAAGCCGAUUAUAGUCCGAAUACGGUUGAUCAUCUGGAGGACCCCGUUCUCGAGUCCUAUUCCAGAUGCAUCCAGGCCGACAUUCUGUGUGUUUGGAGAAGGGUACAGAAGUGUUCGGACCAACCACAGAGGGUUAUAGAACAACUGUCCCACCAUAAGGAGUUAUGGAUAUUUUGGUAUGGUGAUGAACCGUCUGUACUUAGUAACCUCCUGUCUCCCUAUUUGGAUGAAACUGAGCAUGGAUCCUGGGAUAAAGACAAAGAUAAAGACAAGGAUAAUUCUUUAUCUUAUGAAUGCCGUACAUUACUCUUUAAAGCUCUUCAUAACCUAAUUGAAAAGUGUCUAUUAAGUAAAGGUUUUGCCAGACUUGGAAGGUGGUUUGUGCAACCCUUUGACUCGACUCAAACCAACACAGAAAGAGGAACUCAUCUGUCCUUCAGUUUCAACUUUUUCCUACAUGGAGAAAGCUCUGUUUGUGGUAGUAUUGACGUAAAACAACACCCACCUGUAUGGAAUCUUACUCCGCAGCAUUUGACUUUGGCACAAGAAAAUCAGGCCAAUUUCCAAGUCAUCCUUGCACCCUAUGGAUUAAAUGGGACCCUGACUGGAAAUUCGUACAGAGAGACUGACCAAUCAGCACACAAAAUCCUGGAGGAAUGGGGUCGAUUUUACCCACUUAAUGCAGACGAUCUGAAAGACGAUACAUGUCGCCCACCUCCCCUGGUGGAAGUGGUUGUUGCCGGAGUUCGAAUGAAGUACCCAUCUUGUUACGUGUUCUUAUGUGACGCUGAAGAAUCUCCAGCCCGUGUGCAGCCCCAUCCAGUCUCCUCCACAUCUCGUCAAUCGGGUGGCCCAAUGAGCCCACCAACAUCACCAGAAAAUUUGGUUGGGGGUGAAACUGGCAUUAAAAUAUUACCAUCCCUUCACUACUCGGGCAACCCAAGCGAACUCAACACAGACAUAGUAGCUAAUACUGCCAAUGCAUUCAGUAUCCAGAUACGCAAUCGAGUCAGUCAGGAUAACUGUCUCACAUCAGGCAUUGUGAAAAGAUCAACAGAGACAUUUAAUGAUAGCAAUUCUGCUGGAGUGUGGGAAUUGAAUGAUCCCACUGCUAAAUCAAACUGCAACUGUCUGAGACACCGAGCAAACAAAGCUAAACAGAGUCUGGUAAGUCAUGGGAAAGGCCCAAACACCGCUGGUGCCAAACAUCAAAAGGGGGAGAAUCAAGAGAAGCUAGAGCGCCAACAGUCACGUGUGAAUCGCGGUUUAACUUCCUUCCACAGACGAGCUCCUCUGACUGAUGAUUUGCUCCAGUUUGAUAUGAUAGGGAUGAUGCCACAAGUUCAGCCUCCUCCACCCCCGCCUAAUGCCAACUUCGGCUCCACAGCAAGUGCCAAUGUUUUGCCUCAGCUGAAUGAUGGAGUUGGAGUGGAAUCCCCUUCCCCAGCAGCCCCCUCCCCACUGGAUGAGCCCCACAGCCAGACUGUGGUCAAUCCUAGUGUUGACCCCACCAUGCCCAAACUUAGCCCCCAUCCUCCAGCCGAGGAGUCAACGGAAAAGGAAGUGGGAGCAUCAGUAGGAAAGCCUGCUGCAGAGAGUGUAAUCAAUGGGGGAGUGGACAAUGCUGCAAAACCAGCAGAAAAUGCCUCCUCAGUCUCCCAAAAGGCAUUGACAGACAGUGUAUUCUCGCCUAACUCAUGGCCAACAAGCCAAGGAGACAUUGUUAAAAAUUCUAAUGUGAAUAGCUGGAUUUCAUCUCAGCAGCGGCAAAUUGAUUCUAUGAACCUGAAAAGGCCAAUUUUACCUUCAAAGGAUUGCGAGCAAGAUGAACUAGUCACAAAUGCUUUAUACAGCUUUGAACAAGUCAAUGUGUGGAAUAACUUUCCUGUGAAGAAGGCAAAAGUUGAGGGUCUAUACCUGGCUGGUCUAAUGGGAUCACAGGUUCCCCAUGAUCCUCGACAGAAUAGUAUGCCCAGUCCAGCUCAGAAAAACCACAAGCCCUCAACACCCCAGCCAUCAGCUCCAGACAUUUAUGAGUUCUCGGACGAAGCCUCCAUCAACCCAUCCCCAAUCUCAAGACGAAGCUUCAGAAGUAGUCGUGAUGAUCGUGCAUCAUUUACUAAAUUGGAGGAUGACAAGGAUCCUAGCAGACACAACAGUGAUUCUUUUAUGUUUCCUGACAGGGCAUCUCAUGGAGAGUCUAUGGGUUCACCACCAGAGACACCAAAUCCUGUCCCAACACCAAGUCUGACACAUGAGUAUGAUCUCCGGCCAACUCAGAGUGACCUGGAUCACAUAUUUGAUGAUUCAGAUAAUGAUGAUGCUUUUACUAGUCCAAGUAUAGUUACCGAAAAGGCCACUGAGGAAAAGAAAAUUCCAGCAUCCCUUGCAAGUGCUGUGAUAAGCGAUGGAUCAAUAGCUGCAUCAGAGUUGAUGAGGAUGUAUCCCACACCACCCUCUAACCCUGAGUCCUGUCAUGACACUGCGAUGGAGGUGUCCUGUGUUGAAAUAAAGCCAGUAAUCAAAUCUGAGAUCUUCCAGUGCAUUAGCAACCCAGUGGAAGACUUUUCUAAGGAUUGGUCAUAUGUGUACAAGCAGCCAACUGCAGCUCAGUUUGACGUGUCCAGUAAAUACUCGCCAGUGGAUCUUCCUAGCGCUAAUGGUCAGUUGUCUCCUGUCCAGCAACCACCAGACUACAAAGCAUCAUGGCAGUACCCGAUGCCAAUAAUGGAAAAACCUAACCCAACAAGUUAUAUAAAUGUGCCGUCCAUAGAGAACAUCCCCAGUCUCUCUUCGCGCAUGCCCUCAAGUGCUGUGGCGGCUUCUCCAGCCCCAUUUCAGAACAGUGUUGGCCAGCAGCGCACUCCUAUGUCAUAUGAGCUUCAGUCUCCAGCAUCUAAUGCAUCAUCAUAUCUCAACAAGACUCUUAAUUCUAUAGACAAUUCAGGCACAAACAAUCAGAUGCCAGAGGUUCAUAGUCUCAUUGUUAACAUAACAUUGUCCGACACGAGGCUCAACUUAUUCCGUGAUUAUAACUUCGAUAGUUGCAAUAUUUGUGUGUGUCAGAUGAGCAUUAAGGGUGUAGAUGUGGGACUUUACAUGCCUGACCCAAGUGGUGCUCCCCCAGAACCUCCAGAGCGGUGCUCAUGUGGCUUCAGUGCUGUUGUGAAUCGUAGGGUGGGGCACAAUGCUGGCCUGUUUUAUGAGGAUGAAGUAGAGAUAACAGGCAUACGUGAUGAUCGUUAUGACCAGAGGAAACCUAGUUUGUUAUCAAUGGAGUACCAACAGAAAGACAGUAAUAAGUCAGAAGACUUGAAUCAAGUGGAAAUGGAGUUACUUUUAGGACAGUUUACAAUGCCCUACUCUUCAUUCACUGCUUCAGAACACAUGUUCAAACUCUGGCUCUCCAACUCCUCUCAUUAUACAGGUUCUGUCUUCGACGUGCUGCAACUGCAGGAUGGAAAUGAGGUGUCAUAUCAGGCACUGGAUCAGGGACGUCAGGCCAUGGAACAUUGUCCACCUUGUAAACUAGAUGAUCCUCACAUGAAAAAGAGUUGUCUUCACAAGUGGCAGUUUCUGCAAGGGGCUGGAAGGAUUCCACAAAAUUCACAGGACAGUGUGCGUCUCCUGAAAACUCUUCAGCCCUUGCUGCAGGACGCCAUACAGAAUAGCCGUGUAACAAGGUUGUGGGAACAUACAUACAAACUCUCAGGUCCCCUCACCUGGAAAGAGUUUCAUCAGCUGGCAGGCAGAGGUGCAGAUGAGAACUCGGCUCCUCAGCCAAUCCCUUCAUUCCUUGUUGGUUAUGACCGAGACUGGCUCUCGGUCUCGCCACAUGCUUUGCACUUUUGGGAUAAGCAGUUCUUGGAGCCCUAUGGUAAACCUCGUGAUAUUGCCUAUGUGGUAUUGUCUCCUGAAAAUGAUUACAUUGUCAAUGCUGUGAAGUUGUUCUUCAAAGAGCUUAGCACAGUGUAUGGUAUGUCUAAGAUGGGAAGACAUUGUCCAGCUUCCAAGGUUCUUCGCGAUGGCAUCAUGAGGGUUGGCAAGAAGGCAGCAGAAACUGUACUCAAUGAGUCUGUGGAUGAAUGGUUCCAACAGAUUGGCGAUUCACCCGUAGCUGAAAAAUUGAGACUCUACGCAAAAGUUUGCUUACAUCGUUUAUCACCAUAUCUGUCACAAAAUAUGGACAUGAAGUCAUUGUUUGAACCGACAACAACACACAGACCAGGCUACAAAACACCUGACUCAUCAGCACCCACCUCUACGCCUGCCUCUACCGCUCCCACCUCACAAUCAGACCACUCAACAUUCAAUGUACCUACAUCACAGGCAAACUCAACAGAAGACAAAGGUAUGUUGUUGGCUCAUCUAGUCAUAAGCGAAACCCCUAUGACAGCGAACAUGAGUUUUGGUAGACAGGACGAUGAAGAUGAGAACACAAACUGCCCAGCACUGGUCAUUUACAUUGUAAAUCCAUUCACUUAUGGCAAUGAGUGGGACAGUAGUCUGGACAGGCUUGUACACACAGGGCUCCUCAAGUGUUACCAGGCUCUCGUCAAAACACUACCUCCUCAGCUACAACAGAAUAUUAAUCUCCAGAUGGUACCCCUGAAGACAAUUCUGGAGAACACAGAAAAAGGUAGUAACACACAACUGUUGAAGUCCAUGUCAUUUUCUGUGUUCAAUAUGUGUGGCUGGAACCUAGUUCACACGGUCAUGGGCAGGUCCCUUACUGGAUUUGGUCCUGCUGCUGCAGCAGAGCGUCUUCUCAAGAAAAAGGAGGUAGACCAAAUCGCAAGUAAUCGCCUAUACAGUCCUCCGUUUAUUCUGGCCCCUACCAAGGACAAACAAUCCAUAUUAGUAGAGUCGUGUUCAGAGAAAAUCGAGAAGAGUAAUGUCUUGUUCUGUGUGUACUGUCUGUCUGAGGACCAGCGCUGGCUGCUGGGUGUCUGCACUGAUGAAUGUGGUGAACUCAUGGAAACUUGUACUAUUAACAUCGAAAUACCAAACAGAAAUCGACGUCGGAAAGCAUCUGCAAGGAAAAUAGGACUAAAGAAAUACUGGGAUUUCAUACUUGGGGUUGUAUCAGUUGUGGCUAGUCCUUGUCGCCUGGUUAUAAGUCGAUUUGGGCGCAUUGGGCAUGGUGAAAUGAAAGGUUGGUCUGGACUGCUGAGCAAGAAAAAUAUCAUGAGGGUCAGCAAACAGGUUAAGGAGUCUUGUGUGCAGUGUUCUCUCCUCAGUGGCACAGAUGUACCUGGUGUACUUAGCGCCUGUCUUGUCUCCCUUGAAGCUCAACCCUCCUUCCAUAUCAUGGCUGAUGCUGUCAAGCUGGAGGAAAAGAUGUCCUCUAAAUGUCCUCUACAGACUCCAAGAGACACUUCCGUCACUCACAUACUCGUCUUCCCAACUUCAGCCAAGGCUCAGGCCAAUUCCAGUACAAGCGAGCCUGUUGGAGGUAUGGAUAUAGUCAACCACAAUUUAAUGGAGGAUAACAUCUUGGAGUGUUUAGAAACGGACUUCAAUGCCGACACAGACGAAGAUUUAUCCUUCCUCAACCUAUUUGAGUCACUGAAGAGUGAUCCACUUCCCAACAUCCCAGGUUCUCCUACUGGCAUGGACACUGGUCACCACCCUUCCAUCGGCAUGAAUGACCACUCAUCGGUUGGACAGAAUACAUCAGGAUCAGACCCUCAGGAUGAGCCCACAAACCUCCUACAGCAGCCCCUGGCUAUGGGGUACUACUUGUCCACAGCACGUCAUGGACCACUUCCACGCUGGUUCUGGUCAUCUGCUCCAGAAAAUGAAAACCACACCCUCUCUUGCUUCAAGGCUGCACUCCAUGUACAUAAUUCACAAAAACAUGACGACUUCAUGCAGUCAACACCAAAUCGGAAUUCUCAUCCAUUGGAUUCUGGCCUUACUUGUGACGUACUAAGGUAUGUGUUGGAGAACUUUAACUCCUUGUCGUGGUUAACAUAUGAUGUGGUAGAGAACGAUCGACAGUCUUGUCUGCCCAUACACUUUGUCGUGCUACUACAGAUGUACCAUGCAUUGAAUGCAUUUGUGUGAUAGAAAUUAUAUGAUGCUGAAAAACUACAAGGACAGUCACACCAGACCAAGCAGGGUAAAAAGACAGGACAUGGAGAAAAGUUAUGUGUGGUGCUAUAGGUGAGAGCUAACAAUCUGAAGCCAGUAUCAGGGAUAGUUUGGUGAGCUUCAAAGAAAGUAUUCAAAAUAAUGUAUAUGUCUCAAAAAUGCCUGGCUAUGAACAGAUCUGCGGAUAAGAGUGCGCUCUGAAAAAAAGAUGUGAUGCUUUGAAAAGUUGUGUUUUGAUAGAGAGGAGCAGCAGAAAUGGUGCUACAUGCAUUUGUCUGAGAGGGACCUAUAAGAAUACAGGAAAAGUAGACUUGUGUUCUUGCAAAUGUGAGUGGUGCUACCUAGGGAAACCAUUUGUGGACUACAUAUAAAGACACAAACACAAUGGAUGCCCACAAAGUAGACACCCGAUGUUGAGGUGUCCUGGGCAUAGGUUGUGGUGCUACUACAGAGAAAAGUCUGUGUAAUGAGAAAGUGUUGUAAAGGACAUUUAAGGCUAUACAUAGGCUUAACUAUAAACUAUGUACUGUAAGUACAAGGUGGUAAUUAUUGAAUUUGGUCUAACCACAGUAUAAGAAUCUCUGUAUAGGAUCAGAUGGACCGUUGAUCUCUUUUUUUUUUAUUGAUAUACACUGUACAAGCAUUGUGUUUGAGAGAAAUCUAUGAAGUGAUAUGCAUGUCAUUGUCAGAAGUUUUUGUCAAGUCAUGAAUGUAUCCCACUAAAAUCUACUGUCAAAGUUUGUUGGCAAAAUAUUCUAAUGAAAUGAAUUGAAAACCUCAGGGAGGAAAUUAUUAAUUACAAUUUAUUGACUAUUUGUUAAUAUUGUAUACAGGAAACUGGCAAUAUGAUUUAGAGAUUAGAGACAAAAUAGAUUAAUUUAUUUGUUAGAGUUUUGUCAAUUAGCAGUGUGACAUUAUGUGUUUUCAUUUUAUAAUGAAACAACACCCCCAACCCCUCUAUUUAUUUUCGAUGAAGAUCAAAGUGGAUUUCAGUAUGUGAUAGAUUGUUGACUUGGUGUAUUGUUUAACUUAUAUUGUUUCUACAUUUUAUAAAAACAUCCAUACUCCAAAACACAAGAAGAUUAUCUGGAAACCUUUUCCUUUUGAAUGAAUAUAAAACAAAAAUUAUAGUCGUUUGGGGUGUUCAGCUCUUCAGCAUUUUAUGAUACCGAACCAGAAAAAAUACAAUAUUCAUUAUGUUCCUGCACCUCAAUUCUUGUAACAGAGGUGUAGAAGGAUCUUUUAUUUGAACGCACAACUCAUUACGCCAACCUUGGUUCAUUGAGAGCUCAUAAUCAGAGGAUUAAUUCUGGCGAAAUUUUAAGUUCAGGGUUAAAGAUGAAAACUAGAGUUGAUACAGUAUAUAACCUGUCUGAAUGGAAAGGCACCAAUACCAAAUUAUCCUGUUCAUUUAUACAGUUGUCCUAUUUACAGAGAUCCAAAAUUGUCAGCAUUAGUAAUGGAGAGUUUGCAUAUA